AUGAUUGAUCUUCUUAUCAGUGAUUAUACACUCAAUACAUUACUCUAUCAUUUUCAUAGGAAAGGUAUUUUUGCAUUUCGAAUUGGUCCUGAAAUACCAGUUAUUGGUGAUUUAUUAAAUUUAACAUGCACAGCGGAAGAUAUCGAUUUCGACCUAAGUUUUGAAUUACAGGAUAAUAAGGAUUUCACAAAUGAGACAGCAUCAAAUGAAACGAAUUCGCAAACGAAAUCGCAAGAUAAUCGUAAGAGACGACAUACAGCAAUGGAUACUUUAAUCAAUUUUGGUAUAUGUCUAGGUGAUAUUGCACCGGGAAUUCGUGAAAGAAAUCCCGGAAAACGAACUUAUAUUAUAAUCAAAACAAAUCGAGCACCAUCUGUGCUAUUUCAAAAUGCUAAUAAAGGUACUAUUGUAAUUGAAUUUAUAAUAGAUGGGCUUAUUUUUUUGGAUGGUACCAAUAUAAAAGUUGGCCAUUUACAAAUUAGGACUGUUUCUGCAAUAGUGGCCCAGCUUAUAGCUAAUCGAAUUGUUGGCAAAGUACAAAUUGAACGGAUGGAAUUUAUUGAUAUUGAUAAAACAUUUGGUUUACCAUCUGAAGCAUUCACUAAUCUUUCUGAUUUAGCCCGAGGAAUUCUUACUAGGGCAAUAAAUAAAAAAUUAGCAAAUGGUAUUCCAUUAACAAUGCCACAAUUAGGCUUACCAAUUCAAUUUUCUAAUCUUCAUUUUCAAGUGAUCGAACAUGCUUUAUUCAUUUCCACCGAUGUUAGCAUUCCAUCUUUGACAUAUUAUUCACCAUAUCAAAGGUUUACCGGAUGUCCUUACUAUUAUCAAAUAUUAUAA